UAAAUAGAUGACACAUGUAUUUGAAGGAUGAAUCCUGUUUCGAUUUGACCACCACUGCGGAUCAUUUGCGUUUUAUUAGCACAACAAUAUUUAGCUAUGAAUUUCUGAUAUUGGAUGCAUUCAAAGGACUGGCCAUAUCAUGCAAGUUCACUUAUCUAUAGUAUCAGAAAUUUGGCGAAAUAGAUCUGUUCAAAAUUUUCUUCUGCUGAUUUACAUCUUGCAAGGAAGAGAAUUGGAAACUGGGAGAGCUCAAGCGCUUCCUAAGACCCACUCUGCUUGAAAGCACAAGAUGAUUUCAUAUUCAAAUGGUUUCUCAAGCCUAUACAUUUAAAGCAAUUGGGAGAACAGAGAGAGUUGGGGGAAUCCCAUGCCACUCAUCGAAAUGUUAAUUUUGAUAAAAACGAAAGCAGUGUUUUUGUUUGGUUUUAUCAUUGGUGGAGUCCUUGCUUUACUGUUGAUGUUAGCAGAAGAUCUUAUAACUGAUGAAGCAGCUUGCAGUGCAAAAGCAAUUAAAUUGCCAAGUGACACUAAGAAUGAAAAUUAUGAGGGAUACAUUACUUUGGAGAAACAAGAAAAGAACGAUUUAUCCAAAGUAAUCCAGAAGUCUACGUAUCAGAAAUGGCUACAGCUUCAAAAUGUAAAAUUAUCUAGAGUGAAUAUGGAUGAACUGGUCUAUGGCAAAAAAUUGUCAGCAGUAACAACCAAGAGCCUGCUCUUGGAAGCAGACUGGCUGAAAUCUAGAAUUCAUAUAACUUGCGCGAUAUUUGUUAAUAAGAUAAAACUCGCACGAUCCAUUAGAGAUACUUGGGCCCCUCACUGCAACAACAUAUAUUAUUUUGCAGCUGAUAGGCAGGAUCAGGAUAUUCCUGUUAUAAACUUUGAUAUAAAGCUUACAUCUUCAUGGCAAUUACUCUGUGAGUCUAUACGCCAUAUCUGGAAAAAGAGUUUGAAUAAUAGUAAACUCACUGGCACUGAUACAAACAACAGAAUAGAAUGGGUGAUUUUCGUAAAAGAUGAUACAAUGGUUAUACCAGAAAACUUAAGGUACCUGGUAGCUUCGAUGGAUUUUGAAAAUAGUUAUUACUUAGGUCAUCCAGUUACUCUAUGGGGCCAGGCUUACAAUGUAGCACAAGCUGGCUAUGUCCUCAGUAAACGUGCCUUGGCAAAAAUUGCAACAAACUUCAACACCAGAGAUAAAUGUGCUACUGGCGGUAAAUACUGGAAACAAGAGGAUUACUAUCUUGGUAAACAUUUGGGAUCAAUGGGCAUUACUCCUUCAGACACUAGGGAUAAAAAUUUAAGUGGCACUUUCCAUGGUUACUCGCUACAAAUUCUUCUGUGGGGGGUAGCUAAGUCUGGUAGAUAUUGGACACAUGCUUUAUACCCCAUAGGUCCUAGCUGCUGUUCGUCUAAAUCCAUAACGUUCAGUGCAGGAGAGGCAGAUAAAAUGUACAAUUUAUAUUACCUAAUUUAUCGGCUCAACAUUUAUCUGGUUGAUCGGACUUUUGGACACUAUUCAGCUCCUACAGAAAUACCAGAUCCAGAGAUGUGGAAAGUGAUACUGAAGGAAGAAUUCAACAUCACGAAUUUGAGUGACAUAUCCAGCCAACGUUACUAUGAUAUUUGGCGAGACCGUUACUCUGAGCCAGAAAAGUUCAUUAGGAACACUUACAAGAAUAUGCCUGACGUAUUAAGUUCUUUACUGACGGCAUAUGAAGCUGAAAGAAAGUUGGAAAAAGCUAACUCUUCUUUAAGUUGAUAUAUAAAUAUACUAUUUUCAUCAUUGUAUUAUGUGUAUAUAUGGUGCGUUUUAUCAGUCUCUGCUGCGUCAGGGUGAUAAGUAGUAAUUAUUAUAUUCCUUAAAGUACGCGUACUACUUACAUCAUAUGUACCUGCAAUAAUGACUUGACUUACGAAUGGCAAAGGUCACGAGAAUGUCUAUUGAUCAGUUUCAGGUAAUAUUUCAUCAGUAUCGAAUACCCAUGGCUACAUAUUAGUUGGUUGUGUCAGGUUGCGAUAUAAAUGGUACAGACAAUAUGGGUAUACGAUAUUUAUUGUAUUAUUUGUGAAUUUCUACUGUUUGUGUAUUUAUAUCAAUGAAAAAAAAACUAGCAACGUUUAGCACAA